ACCCAAAACUUUUGGAAGCAAUACGUAUCACAAGGUCAUUAAGCGGGGACAGUAAAGAAGUCAGGCCGUGGGUUCUCGCUUAUUUUCUAUCUUGUCUCUUUCUGUGUUUAUCAACUGGAUUCGCUACAGUCACAAGCAUUAUAAAAUUCAUAACGCUCCUAAUCCAAAACUAUAUUUUAUGUUAAAACAAGAGACUUAUGUAUAAACGUCUUGUUUCAAUCGAAGAUAUAUCUUCAGUUCAACUUUAUUUUUUCAACAACCUAAGUAGAAUGUACUAAUCUGUAGAAAAGAAACAUCACAUUGGUGUAACUAAUCACCUUCAAAUUCUUCACUUCGCCGAGCGUUCAAAUCUUUUGACGAGGAAAUGCUUCGAAUUUUAUAUCCCACCUACGUACGACCACAUUUAGAGUACUGUAUCCAAGCAGCUAGUCCAUGUCUGAUAAACGAUACUAACUCACUUGAACGUGUCCAGUGUGUGGAAACGAAAUUAGUGAAGGGUCUUUCUAAACUCCCUUAAGAUGAGCGUCUAAAACGCCUAAACCUUUUCCCCUUGUAUCGUAGGACGCGAGGUGACCUCAUACUGGCAUUUCGUAUCUUUAAUUAUGAUUUGGGUGUUAAUAUGUCUUAUCUUUUUGCUCCCUCCAGCAUUAAUAAUCUCCGAGGUCAUAGCAAGUAGGUUCAUAAAACCGCGAUCUAAUAAACUUAAAGUGGGGUCCCGUUUUUCUCAUCGAGUAGUCAAUGAUUGGAACGCCUUUCCCGAACAAGUGGUAUCAGCCCCAUCAGUAAAUAUUUCCAAGGAGAAACUGGGCCUUCACUGGAAGGCAAACUGCCAGGAUUAACACAGGUUCACCAACAAACUAUCCUUAUUACUGAAGACUAAAUCGUAUUCAAUCCACUUCCAUUUAUCCGACAUUGUAAUGUCGGAGACAUAUCCCUGUAGAGUCUGCUGAUUUUAAUUAAAUUUAGGGGUCUUCCCCAAAUUCAUGUGAAACGUCAUAGUUUUCCCCAGCCCUGGGGAAAUUUUGGAGAUUCUAUGCGAUUUUCCCAAAAUUUUCAAUUGUGGCUUCCUCAAACUUUGGGGAAAACCCCAAAAUAUGGAAUUCGGGUCAUUCUUUUCUUAAUUAUUCAUUGAUUAUCAGGUCAUUCAGUCUUACCAAUCAGAUAGAUUGUGCGAAUCCAAAUUUGAAAUCAAAAAGUUUUACUAACGUCAAAAACGUCACUAACAAGACUUGCACGCGUAAGCCAUUCAAUAAAAUCUCUAUAAAAGGCGAUUUGGUAAACAUAUGAACAAUUUGCAGUAACUUUUGAAAGUCCUUCAUAACGACCUCUCGUUUCACCUAGAGAUAAUCUUUCACACGUAAUCAUUGUUAUCCCGAAUAACCUAUACUUUACCGAUCCCUUUCACUUCAAAUCGUCUUUCAGGUUACUGCUCUCCAUUUUCAUAUCUUUAUGUUACACUACGCUUAUGCCUGGUCCUCAUAUCGCAUGCACCAUAAUCUCUCCAUGUCAAUUACUCUAUUAUCAUUUUCAUUCUCUUCAAAGAUCUAUCAAGUACCUUUUCCACUAUUAGAUCUUACUGUUCUAGAUGAACCAGCAGCCUUACUGCUGACCUUACACGGUUGGUUAUGAACUGUUUAUAAAAACACAAAUUAUAUUUUAGAUUCAACCUAGAUAUAUCUAUUUAAGGUGUUAAUUUUUAAGAACAAAUCUUGUUUCUUUGUUAGGUAUCAUCGACAGAACAUAAAGUCCUAAAAUUGCAUUGAUUUUGCACCUUUGCUUCAUUUCGCUAAACUCUUCACCGUACUGGAUUAAAGUAAUAAUGUCGGCCACCGAGUCAAAUAUAACUUAAAAGCUGGUACAUAUAUGUAUCAUUUCAAACUGCCAAACCUCAACAAAGCGAGAUGAAACUGUCAAGACAUUUUAGAUCAUAGUAGUAUAAAUGACUAGGAACUGAAAAUAUGACUUUAAUAAAAACACGUAUUUGUGGAGUAUUAAUGAAUUAUGAGGUCAUUUGAAAGCUUAAGAUCUAAGGGAAGAUAAAGAGUGAAUUUAACCACACCAUCGCAAAUGAUCCUAAACCAUGUUGUUCAAAGUCUCUAACACCUGGUUACAAUAAUCUCUCGGGGCCAACUAGGUAAUCUCCAUCUAAUCAGUGACUUUAUAAACUGGUUCCACGUUUGCAUUUAGCCACCUUUAAAUUUCUUUCAGCUUACUCUUACACUAGCCACCAUCGUGAGUUAAGGUUAGCGGUAGCACAUCCCCAUGACCUCAAUCAAUAAAGAUUUACCACACCAUCAAUGGACUUUCUCUCUUUACGUAGUACCUUCUGUCUAAUCUUAACAUUAUUCAUUUGGCUGUCCCAACGUAAACGAACAACGCUUCAAAGGCGUUUAUGAUCAGAUGCCAACAACCUAAGAAAAUUCCCUUUUUAAAGGCCAUAGACUAAAACAGAGAGAACUUGUAGAUGAAAAUCUCACUACUCCACAAGUAACAUAAGUUGGCAAGAACCAAUUGAGCUUUCUAAAUCCAUAAUGAGAUUUAGCCGGGCAUCUACCUACUAGGGCUAAUAAGGCUUCCAAGAUAAGUCAAACAUUCGACAGGCUCAACCGCUUCGCUGCCCAUUGUUAGUUCAAGUUCUGAUGCAGAUCAGUCCUAAGGCGACAUUUUGCAUCCAGAACGAACAAGACUCAUCUUAGAUAUCCCGACAUUGUGAUUUGUUUUUGCGUACGUAAAUUGACCUGAUUCAAUGCCAGCAAAGACUUUAGAUCUAUCCUUAAAGUAAAACUGCUUGAGUGAAGGAAAAAUUCGUUUCAUAUCAGCUGUUCACAAAGAAUAGAAGAUAAGCAUAUAAACACAUGGUUAGUUGAUAGUAUCAUAUAGUCCUGAGUUUAUAGAACAAUACAACUCGUUCCCAUACGUACCAAUUCACUUAGAAUUUAGUAUUUCGACAACUGGUAACACUAUUCACUAUGUAAAUACUAUAUUUUCUGCUUUCUAUAUUUUUUAUUUCAGCUUGGUCAGUCAACUGUGUGGUAUAUGUUUCAGACUUUCGUGUCAACUGGAGCAACAACCUUGUCAGUACCACGUUUUCACCAGCAACUCAGUCAAAAAUCUAACGAAAACUAAACGGGUCGCCACUCUACAUAAUGAAUGUUAGUUUAAGACCCGACCAUUCACUUCUCGACCCGAAUUUUGAGUCUUAUAAACUCAGUCUGCUUAAAAUACCUAUUUAUGAGGCAAGUAGUCAAAAUGGAGUUUACUGCAAACCUCUCAACGAAGUUACUUCUAAACAACAUCUCAAAGCAUACAAUAAUAUUAACUGCCUGUGUGUUAAUCCAUUUGAUACCAGCUGUGUUUACUACAUGAGUACCGAUGGGUCUGUAGGUUUCUAAUAUUGUUUAAACAAGUAGUUUUGUAGUUAGUGUCGAUGAAGGUACCACAGUAUCCACAAAACUUCAACCAAGGAACCAUUGUUUUCACACUUCCUGAUUGGUGUGAACCAUCUGAUGAAAAGUUUCGUAGUGUGUCGAUCCAGUUUCCUGCGCUAUAUUAUGUAUCUUUGUAUGAUGGUUUAGGUAAUCUAUAUCUCCUAAAGUCAGAUGUUCAACAAAGAAAUGAUUUACUCAACGUUGUUAGCAGGAUCCAACCUCCUAUCCAUGAGAAAGAUAGUCAGCUAUUAGACUGUUUACUUAAUUCUGAUGACACUUCUCAUCAACUCUUUUUGGAUUGUUUAUUUGUUGGUAUUUCGGAAAAAUCUGAAGAAGAUCCCAUAUGUAGCGAUUCGACUUCAACUUAUGUGACAUAUCUUGAAUGGAUCUCUUACAGCUCACCAGAAUCGAACAUGUCUUGGUCCGUAGUGCGGCACCAGAAAUUCGUUGCAUCUUCAUUUCCUGAGUUCGCUGCCUUCGAGGGUGAUUGUUCAGCACUGCAUAUUUGCUCAGAAAGAAAAUUUCAUGCUAUUUACGACUCCUGGAAUCCAUCUGUUCAUGAAAACUACCUUAAUAAAUAUUCUGAGUCUAAACAAAUGGAUACAGAAGAUACAUGUAUUGGACAGGAUCCCGAGUUUCUCGUAACUUGGACACAAACUGACGCCGAAGAUAUCAAUCCUAGUUUGCUCAAUGUCACUUUUACGCUAAAUGGUAUCACUCUCCCAUCUUCAUAUGAUUCGAAUAUUGUUUCUGUGGAAAUCAUUCCAAUCUGUGAAGAGUCAUCUAAACACCAGAUACUCCGCGCGAACCUGCACUCCUAUAUUCCAGUCACGAAAACUAAAAAAAUUAGUGAUCGCCCUAUCACACUGAUUGAUCAGAUGCUCUAUGAACCAGUAGAACCCAAUUCCUCGUGGACCUAUGAUCGAAAAAAUAACCGCAUUGAAAUACGCAUAACUAAACAGAAUUCCCAUUACUGGCCCCGUUUGUUACUCGAUCCACAUGAAAAUAAAAUAUUAACUGGAAUGCACUGCUCACAUCACACUGGUCUGGAUGAUCAAAUGCGUGUACAAUCAGAUGGAAAGGCUGAUUUGACACCGAAACCGCCUUUCAAUGUUGGCCAGCUAGAAGAAGUUGAUUUCCCAAUGAAUGAAGAUGAAACUGAUCUUUUAUUACAAAGGUUCGACCAUGAAACUCUCAAGUGUACUCAUCAGGCCUAUUUAUCAGGACACCAAUGGUUGUUCAAAAUUCGUUGUGCUACGGGGAAACCAAAUGCUACACACGCUUUCUGUAUCCGUCAUGAUGUAGAUGGGAUAGUUUGGUUACCACUAUGCCAGAAUACACUGACAGGAAGAGACCCAUGUGUAUGGAGACAUGUUUCAACUUUGCAAGCAUUUGGCUACGUUCUCGCCAGUAAGCGUGAAAGUAGGUUUGUUUCUAGUCCAGUUUUAUCGGACGGAUCUCCACUAAAAUUUGUGGCAGUUGCAGACUUGACAAGGAGAAUCUACAUAUAUUGUCAGCCCCUAUCAAAUGAUUCUAAGGAUACAGAACUCCGGAAACGCACAACAGCUAACUCAUCUUCAGCAAAAAAGCAACAGAUUGUACAUGUCGCAUCACAACACGUAGUUACCCUACCAACUAAUGACCCAAUAAUUGGAUUUGUUGCUACAGACAAACCCUAUCCAUCAGUUUUGGUAUGCACACAGUCUACAUUGUACUUGUUAUCACUUGAUGGAUGAAAGCAAAUUACUUGCGUUAUCAGUUGUAUUUUUGCCAUAGUAAAUUUUACAUAAGAUUGUUAAAAACGUUUCUGUUUGCAAAUCGUACGCUUUUUGUAAUUUUCGUGUGUUGAAGAAAAUUCGGUAUAUUAUGUUGCAUGUCGUAUUGGUUCUUUGUCAUUGCUUAAAUUCAAAAGCUCUUUAAUUAGUUAUAGGAACUCUGUUGGACAUCGCCG